AAGGAAGUCUUAAACACACCAUUACACUAUUAUAAAAAAGGCCACACCUAUUUCUAUUCUACCAUUCUGAAGAGAGCAAAAGCAUUGCCCUUGUACCUGGUUCCUGCUUCAGAAGAAAAGAUAUCUUCAAGAUUACAGUAAACUGAUUAAAAGUUUAUUUGAGCUGACCGACACCACCUGGAGAGAUCUUGUCUGCACUGUUUGUCUUUUGUGGGCUUUUAAAAAUGGCAAGCAGCUUCGUAAGGAUUUUAUCCAGUAAAAGGAAGGUGGGCAUCUUGUCGUUGGUCGGUGCUGGGACUUUGACAGUGGGAUUUUUCCUGAAUAGAGAGCAGCAUGUGAAUGCAGGAGCGAAGGUCCGCAGAAUCUAUCCUCCCAGCGCUGAAUAUCCAGAUUUGCGGAAGCACAACAAUUGUAUGGCCAGUCACCUGUCUCCUUCCGUAUACGCCAAGCUGUGUGAUAAAGCCACUCCUAAUGGUUACACUUUGGACCAAGCCAUCCAAACAGGCGUGGACAAUCCAGGCCAUCCCUUUAUAAAGACAGUUGGCAUGGUGGCAGGGGAUGAAGAGUCAUAUGAGGUCUUUGCUGACCUCUUUAACCCAGUCAUCAAAGAAAGGCACAAUGGUUAUGAUCCUUGCAUCAUGAAGCACCCCACUGACCUGGAUGCCAGUAAGAUACGGGGUGGCAUAUUCGAUGAGAAGUACGUGCUGUCAUCAAGAGUCAGGACAGGCAGGAGUAUCCGGGGCCUGAGUCUACCACCAGCCUGCACCCGUGCUGAGCGCAGAGAGGUGGAAAGAGUUGUGGUUGAUGCUUUGGGAGGCCUAAAGGGUGAUUUGGCAGGGAAAUACUACAGUCUCACUCAAAUGACCGAACAGGAGCAGCAGCAGCUUAUUGAUGAUCAUUUCCUGUUUGAUAAGCCUGUGUCACCCCUGCUGACAUGCGCAGGCAUGGCUCGUGACUGGCCCGAUGCAAGAGGCAUCUGGCAUAACAAUGAGAAAACCUUCUUGGUGUGGAUCAAUGAGGAAGACCACACUCGUGUGAUCUCCAUGGAAAAGGGGGGCAACAUGAAGAGGGUCUUUGAGCGUUUCUGCAAGGGCCUUCAAGAGGUUGAGAGACUGAUCCAGGAGAAAGGUUGGGAAUUCAUGUGGAACGAACGUCUAGGUUACAUCCUCACCUGCCCAUCAAACCUGGGCACAGGCCUACGAGCCGGUGUCCAUGUUACACUUCCCCGCCUCAGCAAGGACGCUCGUUUGCCUAAAAUCCUGGACAACCUGAGGCUCCAGAAGAGAGGGACUGGGGGAGUGGACACUGCCGCUGUUGGAAGCACUUUUGACAUUUCCAAUCUAGACAGGCUGGGCCAAUCAGAGGUCCAACUGGUGCAGACUGUGAUAGAUGGAGUGACCUAUCUUAUUGAGUGCGAGAAGAAAUUGGAGAAAGGCCAAGACAUCAAAAUCCCUGCCCCCAUAAGCCAGGUUAAAUAGACUGGUAGUAACCCCAUGCCUUCUUUGGUCUUCCUU